ACAUUUUUUCCUCCCUGUCUACGUUCUUCUUCUUCCUCUCAUUUUUGUUUCAUAGAUCAUCAGCCAUGAAAGCAGUUCUGUUGAGGACGAGCUCGAACAACAUCCACCCGCCGGUCUGCCCUGCCGGAUCGCCGGCAGGUUCCCCCAAGGUCUCCCUCCAUCGCAGCGAUUCCCUCACCGGAAUGUUCGCCUGGGACCCAAACGCGCACAAGAAAUCGAUCCAUCUGGAGGUCGCCAGCAGCCCGCGGCGGCGGCAAGGAUCUCCCUCCAGCAUCACCAGGUCCAUGUCGGAGAGCGACAUGGUCAGAUCCGAAUUCGGCGGAGGAAUGAAAAAGAAACUCCCGCAUUCCGCAUCCCGAUGCUCCCUCUCCGCCGUGGAGGCGGCGGCGGCUGGAUCGCGGCGGAAGUUCACGAGGAAGGACGUCUACGGGGUGGGGAUCGCCGCCGCCAUCCCAAUGGAGGAGUCUGUCGAGGAUGGGAAUAAUAAUGGCGGGAAGAACAAUGGCGGUGGAUUCGGAGGAAGAGGGGAGGGGAACGGCGGCGACAAUGAUAAUAAGAGACGGAUGGCUGAGUAUUACGAGCAGAUCAUUAGAUCGAAUCCCCACGACGCCCUCCUCCUACGCAACUACGGCAAAUUUCUAUACGAGGUGGAAGGGGACGGGAAAAGAGCAGAGGAAUACUACGGAAGAGCAUUACUGGAGAAUCCAGGGGACGGGGAGGUGUUGUCUCUGUACGCAAACUUGAUAUGGGAGAACUACAAGGAUCAAGAACGAGCUUUCACUUACUUCCAUCAGGCUGCUUCUGCCUCCCCUAACGAUUGUAUGGUGCUAGGAUCCUACGCACAUUUCAUGUGGGUGUCGGAAGACGAGGAAGCAGAAGCGGCCGCAGCAAACCACAAUCUCAGCGUUACUGGGGAAGCUCCACCACCACCAGCAGCGACAACAACAGCAAGGCCAGCCAUGGUUCCCGCAUUCUAA